AUGUCGCAGAGUGGACUACAAGACGAUACUGAGGAAUACAAUUCGAAAGAUAGACUAGAUUUAGGAAUUGAUGCGAAUCGGGGCUAUCAAUCGCGCUCUGAGAAACGAAAAUCGGAGGUUCUGAUCGCAGCCCAGUCGCUGGAUUCAGAAUUGCAACAUGUCAAAAAUCUCAAGCGAAUAUCGAUCGGUUCGCUCGAUCUUCUGAUGGAUCCGGAACUGGAGUUUCGUGUGAGCCCCACAAAAUCGCAAUCUUCGCGAAGUGACGACUCGUCAUCUGUUGAUUCCCCUGCAGAGUCUCCAGUGGAAGAUGAGAGCUGUGAUUUGACUAGCAGCAGUGACGGAAACACAGACCACGACGAUGACGAAGAUGGCUACUCCUACAUCAACGACGACAGUAUAGAUGUCACAAGCACCGAGUACCUGGAAAGCCCGGUGGAUUUGGCCGUGGGCCAUAGCUCACAAUCUGGCCGCGUUCUUAGUGGGGUGCGCAGACGAGGACUCUCGGGAAAAUCACAGACGCAUAAACCUGGACAAUCGGAAGACUCAGUCGCUCAGAACCUUCUGUGGGUUCCUGCUAGUAAGCACCCGAGCGUCAAGCCCGAAAACUUCCUUGAGCUGGUUCAAGACACCCUGCAUACCUUAAAAGUGGACCCCGGCUCCGAAGCUUGCCGUAAUGACCUCUCGACAUCGUCGUCAUCCAAUUCUAGCAUCUCUCCCUCAUCUCAAGUGCGUUCUGGCUCCGAUGUACUUGUGCGAAGGCCCUCAGGACUCCGCAAAUCCUAUACAGAACUCGAAGAUUUACUGCAGCAGGAAGCUGGGAGUAAUAAUGAGAACAUAGAGAUGCACGGAAAAAAGGUGAGUCCUUAUCGAAUGGCUUCGAAGUCGGCAUCUCUGAGAGAUCUUACGGAAGAACUGACGCGAAUUUCUAAUAGAGCUGGCUUUACAGAUAGCGACGCAGUUUCUUUGGCCCGAACUCUCAGUGUGGCCAGCUCAUAUGGGGAACAAAAUUCGGACUACAGCUCGGAUACAUCUGACAAUCAUCAAGAUAAUGAAUUUGCUUCCAGUAUGUUUACCAAAAAUGGAUUGGCGAUACCGGCACGGUCUUCUUUGAGACGUAGCAAAUUUAACACAUACAGAAUAAGAACGCAUAGUGGCAGUGAGCCUGUUUUACCCUCGACAGGCCAAAACAAAGAAGAACCGCCAAAGGGAAAUCAACUGGCCUCCCCACUUCAAUCAAAUGACAACGUUCUACAAUCGCCGAAUUCCUUUAAUGAUUUUGAUAAUAUCUAUGAUCAUUACAGACAAGACAGUUCAGGCAGUUCGAUCGAGUUCCAGUCACCUUUGACCCAUGAAAAGAUAGAUGAAGCCGCCUUGCAAGAGCCCGAUGAUGAAGAUAUCAAAGCAAACGCUGAUACAAGACCUAAGGACACAACGAUAGAAAUAAUAUCGGACAAUACAGCUACCAGCCUAAAGCUCAACAAUGAAAAGUCUAAACACGAAGACUCUAAACUGCAAAGCAGUCAAUCGUCCCGCAGAAGAGGGGGGUGGAACUGGUUCGGUAAGAAAUCGUCAAAGGAUGCCGAAAACGCCAAAGAAACUCGAAGAAAGCUGUCGAGUGAUUUUUUGAAUGUAAGGGACAACGACUCAAAGGACAAUAAUCGGUCCCUUGACAAGGUCAACCAUUCGAGAAAUAGGCAUCAUAAAAUUGAUAAUGGUGCGGAAACACCAGAGGUCAAGGAGCCCGCUAAAACGUCGUCCAACACUUCACCUUCCAAGAAAUCGACGCGCGAAAAGAAAUUCAUACAGUUGUUCAAGCGGAACCGGUCCGCAUCAACUGGCCACAGGGAGGCUGGUGAGAUCAUGGAGACACGAGAAAAGCUGGGCGGUGCCACACACGAUACGCUCAGGACACGAGCAUCUUCCGCAGACCUAGCUGGCCAUGUCACCAAGAAAGAAGGGCACACGCUGGUUGAUCGCAAAGCUUCAUUAGGCGGCAUUGACUCUGUAUCGAAGUAUGAUGUGGAUCGCAAAGAUAGUUCCCAUAAACCUUUGAGUAAAUUGCAGCCCUCUGUCAAUGUCACAUCAAGAAAGAAGCCGGCUUUUAAUGAGGAAAAAGAGAAUGCAAAAAAAGUCGAAUUGCAAGUGCCAAAUGCCGGUAAAGACACUGGAAAUAAAACCAUUUUUGGUUCUGAAUUAGAACUAAAGCCAGAUCAUGGCGAAACGAACUUCCAAAAACUCACAGAAGAGUCCCACGCCACAAUAGAAGCACAGAUCUCCGUCAGAGAAAAAAAUGCGGAGAGGACCUCUGAAUCAGGCAACACUAUUGUAGCCCCGGCUGUCGAUGCUACACAUGAUGGUAAUAGCGCAGUACAGGGUACUGUAAUCACGGCGUCUGAAUCCGCCGAGAGCGAAGAGUCUUCGCAAGUCGCUGCACCGGCAGCAGGCGGUUACUCUCUACCUCCUCGAAAGCUCACCUUCGAAGAUGUCGUCAAACCGUCGCGUCCUAACGCUCCCAUGGAGUUCAGCGAUAGUUCUUUUGGAUUUCCACUUCCACCGCUCACGACCUCUACGGUGGUGAUGAUAGACCAACGACUACCAAUUAAUGUAGAACGGGCCAUCUACCGUCUAAGCCAUCUAAAACUUGGUGAUCCUAAGCGCGAAUUGCGCCAGCAGGUUGUGCUGAGCAAUUUCAUGUAUGCGUACCUAAAUUUGGUAAAUCACAGCCUUUACCUACAACAACUGGAGGAUGAAAACAGGGAAGCCCUGGAAGUAUGA